UUUCACAAAUCACAAAACAUUUCUCUCAUUGGAUUCGUUAUUCAUUCUAUUACUUCUGAUUUUGCUCCUCAUGAACUUGAAAACCAUUACCACUCUCCUUGUUCUUCUUCUUGUUCUUCUUCAUCUUUCCCAAAAUUCCCAUUUUGCCCACGCCGGAAAGCGGAAGGUCCACAUCACCGACGACUUGGACGAUGUCUACGACGAUGAAGAGGACGAUGCUUGGAAAGAUUGGGGCAAGAAACCCCAACCUUCUUUCCCACCCUCCGAUUUAUCCAACAUGGACGCCUCGCAGAUCCAAGACGAGAUGAAGAAGCGCCACACCGGACCCGUCAUCGGAUUUGUCAAGCUCCGAUUUGGGGUUCACCGGACUCCGGACAUGGUAGCUGAAAUAGCCAUGAAAUGGACACAAGUUCUUAGAACUGGAGCUAUUGGGGUAAGGUUUAUGGGUGUUGAUCUGAAUACAGUCAUGUUCAACAUGGACAGCAUCAAAGACUUGGAGGAGUUAAAGGAAUUUGUCUUGGACCAAUCAGAGGCAUAUGAGAUUAAAAUGGGAGAUCAACUUUUCCGAAGACCUGGAGAUCCACCUCUAGAUGAAGUUAUUGAGAAGCUUAAUAGUGAGAAAGGCAAAACAGAUGAUGCUGAUCCAGAGGAAAUUGAUGGAAAUUUGAAAACAGAAUUGUAGUUAAACGGUAUAGAUAUAAUUUCCUACAAGUUGAGAUGAAACAAUUGUGUCACUUCUUUUCGAAGGUUUACUCUCAGUUUUGUUAAUUCUAUACUUCUGACUUACAACUUUUUCUUCCUCAUCUUUUAAUUAAGGUGAUAGAUAAACUGCAUUUAAUUUUAAAUACCAGUGAAGUAGUAAUCACCUUUGCUAUAUUUGGCAAGACUAAGAGAAUCCACUUCUA